AAAUUCAUUUGUUUAUUUUUCAAAAUAAAAUUGAAACUGCAUAAUAAAAUUCUAGCCUAUAUAAAACCCACAUCGCCACUCUCACAUCUCCUCCACUUUCGCUUUUCUCACACUCUCUCUCAUUAUCUCUUUUACCCAUGCCGUCUGAAUCAAACCAAACCCGAUCCGCCCGAGUUCAGGGCUCAACGGCUGCUUACCCACCUCCGAAUCUGGCGGAGCCACUGCCUUGUCCUCGUUGCAACUCCAUCAUCACCAAGUUCUGCUACUACAACAACUACAACCUCUUACAGCCUCGCUACUUCUGCAAGUCUUGCCGCCGUUACUGGACUCAAGGUGGUACACUCCGCGACGUCCCCGUCGGCGGUGGAACUCGCCGGAGCUCUUCCAAACGCAACCGCUCUUUCUCCUCCAACGCCACUACUGCGUCCUCCUCUUCCUGCUCUUCUUCCAUCAUUACAACCGCCAACGGUUCAGAACCAAUGAACCAAGGAACCGCCACAAACGAAGCAAAGGGUAGUCAUGAAAUCUCAGGUUACGGAAGCUUUGCGUCUCUGUUAAGUGAGCAGAGCGACGGAGCAGCGUUUCUGGCGUUGGGAAACGGAAGUGGAAGCGGUGGGUUAGACUACGGGUUUGGGUACGGGUACGGGUUGGAGGAGCUGAGUAUUGGGUAUCUUGGGGGAGGCUCCGGAGUAGAGAUACCGGUGGUGGGUGGUGGUGACACGUGGCAGAUUGGGGAGAUUGAAGCUAAAAGUGGGGACAGUUUAUGGCCUGGUCUCGAGAUCUCCAUGCAAAGCAACGGUGCUAAGUGAAAAAACCGUUUAUGACUCUUGUCUUCUUCUUUCUCUGUUUCUGUCUUUUGUUUGUUUCCUUUUGGAAAUUUCUGUUUGUGUUUUUUAUUAUUUCCUACUGGGAUAGAGAGAGACCAAAGAAGCAAAUUAAACAGGAAAGAAAAAAAAAAUAGAAGGAAAGGUUUAGUGUCUUUUUUCUUUAUUUGAGGUCUAACAAUGGCAGUUUGUAAAUCCUCUGUUUCUGUGAUGAACAAAUUGGAAUGCAUUUCAAGUAGUAAA